CUUACAACAUUAAAGGAUGUUGGCUAACUAACAUUACUGACUUACAGGUUGUUUGUUUUUGUUUGGUAUUUAGCAAUGCAACGCAACGUUCGUUAUCAAACUAGCGUACUUUGCAUAGCUAGCUAGCUGGUUGGCGUUUGGAAGUGACCAAAUGCUACCUACCUCCAUAAGGUUAAUUAAUGAUGAGUAACUGGCUUGGUCGGUAACUAAAUAAUUAGGCAGCAGGUACCAAAUCAUACCGCACGAGGUUGCCUAGUUUCUUUGGAAGCGAUGAAACAUCAGUCCUCGAAGACUCAUCUCCAUGUGAGAGCCAAAGAAAAACAUCGUUCAAUGGCGAAUUGAAUGGACUUCUGCCGGGAGCUGGCAGCAGGUCAACGAUGGAUGAAUCCACAGGCCCUAAUUCAGAGAACAUGAAUACUCAAGAGUGCCAGAUAAUCUGCCUCUCUGGGGAUGAUGGCUCCACUUGCAUUCCCAUCACAUCCAACAAUGUUGAAAUUGUGGCCAGUCGAGACUCAAGCAUUGACAGCAAGGCCCGUGGCAGCAACAAGGUAAAAAUCCAGCCUGUCGCCAAGUACGACUGGGAGCACAGGCAUUACUACGGCAACCUGAUUGCAGUUUCUAACUCAUACCUGGCAUAUGCAAUCCGAGGAGCAAACAACCAGGCCAUGAUCCGUGUGUUGAGCCUGGGCUCCGCCGAGCGCACCCUGCUGAAGGGCUUCACUGGUGCAGUCACAGACCUGGCCUUCGCCCAUCUGGACUCCACCCUGCUGGGAUGUGUUGAUGAAGCUGGCAACCUGGUCAUCUGGCAGCUCACCUGCCACAGCAGCAAGAUCCAGGAUCAAGUGGUUGUCCACAUCCGGAGGCCUGAAGACACACCUCUAAACUCCAAUAGGAGGUUGAUCUGGUGUCCUUUCAUCCUAGAGGACAAUGAAGAGAACCCUGAGGAUGCUAGCCAGACCCUGGCCCUGCUGCAUGAAGACAGAGCUGAGGUGUGGGAUCUGGAGAUCCUCCGCAGCAACAAUAGCACCUGGCCAGUAGAUGCCACUGACCUGAAGGACGGCGUUAUAACCAUAAAAGGACAUACCGAGCGUAUAAGUGAAGGUGCCCUGUCUCCAGAUGGCACAGUCUUGGCCACAGCCAGUCAUGAUGGUUAUGUAAAAUUCUGGCAAAUCUACAUUGAAGGACAGGACCAGCCAAGUCCUCUCCCCGGCUUCUUUCACAGAUGUCUGCAUGAGUGGCAGCCCCACAAUGGGAACCCCCUCUCCUGCCUGCUGUUCUGUGACAACCACAAGAAACAGGACCCAGAUGUUCCAUUCUGGCGCUUUCUGAUUACUGGAGCUGAUCAGAACCAGGAGCUGAAGAUGUGGUGCACAGUGUCAUGGACUUGCCUGCAGACCAUCAGGUUCUCUCCAGACCCGUUCAACUCCUCAGUCCUGCCCAGUCUAAAGGCCAGCCUGGACCUCUCUGCAGAAUGCCUCAUCCUCAGCGACGUACAGAGAAAGGUGUUGUAUGUGAUGGAGUUGUUGCAGGACCAGGAGAAGGGCCAUGCCAGCUUCACAGCCGUGUCUGAGUUCCUGCUCACACACCCUGUACUCAGCUUUGGUGUUCAGGACGUCAGCCGCAGCCGCCUGCGCCACACAGAGGUCCUCCCCCCAGAUGAGGAGAGCGAGAGUAUGACUGCAGAGGGCAUCCAGGGCCCAAUGGAAUCCAGAGCUGGAAUCCAAAUAAAGCUGUACUGUGUCCACACAAAGUCUCUUCAAGAUGUGCAGAUCUGGUUCCAGCCAAACCUUGGGUCUGGCUCGCCCUCAUUUCUGCCUCACUCAAAUGAUGGCUUUGGUUUUUCGGAUCACUUGACAGACAUAAGCAUGGAAGGUUUGAGCUCUGACAAGGAGUCCGGAUGUGGCUCCCAAAAUGAUCUCCGGAAGAUUCCCGCCCUUCCUGCUCCUGCUGACUUCAUGUCCCCCACUGGCUCCGCCGCUAUGCCCAAGCUCAUGACCCCUGACGCCUUCAUGACCCCCAGUGCUUCAGUCCCAGCCUCCCCAGGCAGCAGUGCCAGCAGCCUGAAAAUUGUGACAGCCAUGACCAGCAACUCUGACAGUGGCGCCAGGGGAGGAGAGGAGCUGACCCAGAACUCCAAGAUGUCUGUGGAGAGCAGCAGCAGUAGCAGUCUGACCCUCAGUGCGAGCACCAGCAGCCCCAGAGCCAGCUCCCUUCUCAUCUCAGGCCUAGGGGACAACAUGCCGGUGCUUCCCUCUCCAAACCCGCCCCUCUCGCUGGACCCACAGGCCAUUGAGCCUAUGCUGAUUCAGCAUGCCUCUCCCACCCUGGCUCGCUCUCCAGACGUCAUCUCAUCUGCCUCCACGGCCAUGUCCCAGGACAUGCCUGAGAUCGCCUCUGAUACGCUGCAGCGAAGCCUGGGGGUUGUGUCUGGAGCUGAAUCCCGAGACACUCUCCCAGCCCUCCACACAGACAGCAUGGCUUCAGCAGCCUCAGCCCUUCACCACCUCUCUCCACGGAACCGGAACAACUCUGACCACGGCCACCUGACCCUGGAGCUGGGUGCUGGAGCAGUGGAGGCGGAGCAGAGGCUCAGUAACACUCCUUCACUACUGGAGAAUGCCCUGACACAGGAGAAUGCUGCUGCAGCCGCCGCUGCCUCCUGCUCUGACAACAACACAAGCCACCCCUGGCCUGCAGCUCCCGACAUCACACGGGAAACGCGCAACAGCCUGCGGGACAACGGCCUAGGAGACUGCUCAAGGGAGGAAAUGAAGGACAGACACAUGUCCUCUCCAUACCACAGACGCACCUACCACUUAACCCAGAAUGACAGUCAGGACGCCAGUGCAGAACAAAGUGACCAUGAUGACGAGGUGGCCAGUCUAGCGUCGUCCUCCGGGAACUGUGGAGCCAGGUCGUCUCAAAGACUGCCAGUGAAGGAGUGGAAGAGCUCUCCCAGAGGCUCCCCUAAACUCAAGAGGAAGAGUAAAAAAGAUGACGGGGAUGCAUCUCAUGCCUCUCAGUCCAGGCAGCCUGAGCAUCAUAACCAUCAACAUCAGAUGAACCCUGAGGUGCAGGAAGAGCUGCUGAUGCUGCUGCGUAACCAGCAGAGGGAGCUAGCGGAUCUCCGUCAGAGUCAGCUAGAGCUGCUGCAGAGAGUGACUGGCCACAUGGACGCCGUGCAGAGCUCUGUCAUAGCCCAUGUGGAGCACGUCAUGGUCAGCCAGCAGGAGCAUGAACAGAGGAGAAUGGAGAGAAUCCUAGCAGAGGGACAGAGCCGUAACCAGCAAAUCCAGGAACAUCUCUCCCAGCAGCUGGCUCAAACUCUCAACAACACCCUGUGUAACCGUCUGGACAAGACUCUCCGAGAGGAGAUGAAGAAAACUGUUCCUCCCACUAUUAUCAAGAGUCUGGAGCCUGUUACUGCCCAGAUGAAUAACACCAUCGCUGCUAAGCUGACGGCUGUGGAGGCAGCACUGAAGGAGAACGUUAGCAAAGUCGUCAAGUCAAAGAACACCACAGAUGCAAUCGGCCGGGCAGCUGCUGAGGCAAUGCAGGGGCCUAUCCAGGCUGCCUACAAGGAUGCGUUCCAGAGCAUUGUGCUGCCUGUGUUUGAAAGGGGCUGCCAGUCUAUGUUCCAGCAGAUCAAUGACAGCUUCAAGCAGGGAACCCAUGAGUAUAUCCAGCAACUGGAGACCCAUGUGAAGAGCAGGAAGCAGCAUGAGCAGGAGGGCCAGGACCCUAUGAUUGGCCAGCUACAGCAGAUGAUUGACACGUUCCAGAAUUCUACGGAUCAGCUGGCCACCACUGUCACAGCAAGUGUCCGCUCGGAGGUCCAGCACCAGCUCAACAUGACGGUGGGAAACCUGCAGGAAUCGAUCCUGACCCAGGUGCAGCGCAUAGUGAAGGGUGAGGUGAGCAUGGCCAUGAAGGAGCAGCAGGCAGCUGUGACCUCCAGCAUCAUGCAGGCCAUGCGCUCUGCUGCAGGCACGCCCGUCCCUACCCCACUCCUCGACUACCAGGCCCAGCAGGCCAACAUAUUGCAGCUGCUGCAGCAGGGACAACUCAACCAGGCCUUCCAACAGGCCCUGUCAGCCUCUGACCUGAACCUGGUUCUGUAUGUGUGCGAGACCAUUGACUCCCAGCAGGUGUUUGGCCAGCAUCCCUGCCCCCUGAUCCAGCCGGUGCUGCUGUCCCUCAUACAGCAGCUGUCCACUAACCUGGCCACACGCUCUGAGCUCAAGAUCAGUUACUUGGAGGAUGCUGUGAUGAACCUGGACCAUGGUGAUCCGGUGACGAGAGACCACAUGAGUACUGUGCUGUCCCAGGUCCGACAGAAACUGUUCCAGUUCCUGCAGCAGGACCCACACAGUCCUCUUAGCAAGAGAGCCCGGCGCCUGGUGAUGAUGCUUCAGGGCCUUGUCAAUCACUAGUUCUGUACCUGGUGCCCAUCGAUGGAGCCCCUUCUCUUCCUGCUCUGUUCCAAUACAGUUAGAAUAAGGUGCAGUGAGUUUCAUUGAGGUACUGAGGGGAGUGGCAUUUAGUUAGAGAUGUGAGCAUGUUGUGUAAUUGCUCUGAACUUCCUGUACCCACGGCUCUCUCUGAUGCAUUAUACAUCGCAAUUGAAUUUAUUUUUUGUAAUCCUCAUUUUUUUUAAAGUGGUAAAAAUGGCAAGAACUGACUGGUUUUUCCCUUUUUGGACUUUUAGAUUGACUGAUUUUUCUCAGUUUGAAACCCCCGGUUCAUCGUAAGAUCUAUGAACCUUGCCAUUUUCUUAUUUCAGUCCAUUUCCCUGUCAUAGCAGCAAGCGUUAGAGGGACAAAAACAAUCCUAAAUGUAGACUGUUUAAGCAGAUGGAUGGGCCCUUCAUGUUCUAUUAUGUUUUCUGUAUGUUCAACCAUUCUGUUAAAUCCAAAGUUCUGACUUCAGUUCAGAAUGGUAUUUUUCUUUGAGGGACUUCUACAGUAGGCUUUGAAUCUGCACUGUUAGUAUUGUAAUAAAGCCUUUCUCUGCUCUUUCCUAUAUAUUAGACUGACCAUAUUACUAUGUAAAGAGGACAGGAGUAUGCUUGUGGAGUCUGAGAAACUGAAAUGGCUGUCCUUGUACAGUUUUAUAGGGUCAUGGGCAACUUUUUUGUUUGUUGAUGGAAAUUCACUCAUGCCCCUGAAAUCUUUUUUUUCUUUUGUGCCCCCUUUUUAAAAAAUAUCUCUCAACAGUCCUUAACAUUUGUAUGACUUGAAUACUUCCUCAGACUUAUUUGAAGUAAUUAUCAUCCAUAGUAAAUGCUUCUAACAUAUUAUUGUUACUGAUUUAUGUCUCGCUUGCUUUUGGAUACUCAAGUAAUGUGUGUAAACCUGAUGUACUUAUCCUGGUCUCUAGAGUACAUCCGUUUGUGAAAAUGCGUGGUUUCUAUAUAAGCUUACAAAGUCUAGUGGGAAAGUACAGCAAAACUGGGGGGGGUGGGGCCUGGUACAGACCUUUGGCACUCCAAUGUUGGGUUGCAUUAUGAACGUCAAUUGCACAAUGCCUGCUCUGCCACUGUGGUCAGUUUAUUGUAACCAUUCAAGUUACAGACUCAAGUGAAUAAGACUUUGUAGGUUUUCCAUCUCAAACCCUUUAUGUGCUACAAAACCUUUCUAUAAAGUGCCUUAUUGUACUUCACGCAUGGGCAUUUGCCAUCCACCACCUUUAGUCUGUUGUGCCAUUUGUAAACCAACUAUUUGCCUGACUAAAAGUUGGUGACUGGG